AUGUCAGAUGCAUGCAAACCUCUCCCGUUGCCUCCGGGCAUAUCAGAGAAUUAUGUGUAUUGCCCCGCCAAUACCUUGACUUUCCAUCUUCUCGAGGCUGGAUAUACACCCCAUCGUUCACGGCCCUUGCUUCUUCUUGUCCAUGGCUACCCGGAAUUGGCCUUUUCGUGGAGGAAGGUGAUGCCUGCGCUGGCAGACGAGGGCUACUAUGUGGUCGCCUUUGAUCAGCGUGGCUAUGGGAGGACUACCGGAUGGGAUGACUCUCCAUUCGCAAAGACGGAUCUCACCGAGUUCACCAUGACCAACCUCGUCCGUGACGUUGUUAUCCUGGUCUACGCUCUGGGUUACCGGCAAGUCAGAUGUAUCGUCGGCCACGACUUCGGUGCCGUCACUGCCUCCUUGUGCGCACUGAUGCGCCCGGACCUGUUCAAGAGCGUUGUCAUUAUGUCACAUCCUUUCAAAGGGUCCCCGGAACUGCCAUUCAACUAUGCCCACGGCGGCAACGGGGAAUCUCUAACUCCAGUGGAUAUCCAGAGGGAGCUUGCAAGGCUACCUGAGCCUAGGAAGCACUACAAGUGGUACAACUCCACCACCGUAGCGGCCCUUCACUGGUAUGUCCCUCUGCAGGGCAUGGAAGCCUUUCUUCGAGGAUAUCUGCACGUCAAGAGUGCCGACUGGGAGCAUAACAAUCCACAUCCACUGAAGGCCUGGGAGGCAAGCGAGCUGGCAAAGAUGCCAUACUAUUACAUCAUGCCUCUGCAUAAGUCGAUGCCCGAGACGAUAGCAUGUAUGAUGGAGAAUGAGGAUGCCAAUAAAACAAAACGAUGGAUGCCCGACGAAGACCUAGCUGUCUAUGUUGAAGAUUGGACGCGCACCGGAUUCCAAGGCGGCCUCAAUUGGUAUCGAACUUUAACAGACCCUUCCAAAAUGGCCGACCUGGCUAUUUUCGCCGGCAAGAAGAUCGAAUGCCCAUCUAUAUACAUUUCAGGAGCCAAGGACUGGGGCAAUUAUCAGGAGCCGGGAGCUUUGGAAAGACUUCCGGAGACCUGCACUCAGUUCAAAGGGGUCAAGCUCAUCGAAGGGGCUGGGCACUGGCUGCCGCAGGAGCAGCCGGAAAAGACAGUAGCUGCCAUUCUGGAUUUCCUGAAUGGCCUUUAA